CCGCCGCCGCCUGAAGGGAGCGGAGCGGAGCUCCGGGCGGCCGUAGGCGAAGCGCCGGGCCGCGGCCUGCGGGGAGCGGGGCGGGCCGCCGCCCAGCGUUUUAGCCCCGAGCCGGCCGCCGGGCCCGGUUGUAAGCGGCGGAUCCCGCAGCCCUCGGCGGCUGCGCCCAGCUCCAUGAAUGGAAAUCGGCAGCGCAGCGUUUCCCAGGCAGCGGCUGUAGGCCAGCUUGCAUAAUCUCGUAACUGCGGUGAUGUCUUUGAGAGACCGCCUCGGAAAGCGAAGCUUUGCCUCCAGAGCAGGCGGUCACCGCCAAGCGCUCGCUUCAGCACCUUCUGCCUGGCCGAGACCAGACGGACCCGUCGGGGCACAGCCCCUACUCAUGGUGCCCAGACGUCCUGGCUAUGGCACCAUGGGCAAACCCAUUAAACUGCUGGCCAACUGCUUCCAAGUUGAAAUCCCAAAGAUUGAUGUCUACCUCUAUGAGGUGGAUAUCAAACCAGAUAAGUGUCCUCGAAGGGUGAACAGGGAGGUGGUGGACUCAAUGGUGCAGCAUUUUAAAGUGACAAUAUUUGGGGACCGUAGACCAGUUUAUGAUGGGAAAAGAAGCCUCUAUACAGCCAAUCCGCUUCCUGUGGCCACUACUGGGGUGGAUUUGGAUGUGACAUUACCGGGAGAAGGUGGAAAAGAUCGUCCCUUCAAAGUGUCAAUAAAGUUUGUUUCUCGGGUGAGCUGGCACUUGCUGCAUGAAGUUUUGACAGGAAGAACCUUGCCUGAGCCUCUGGAACUAGACAAACCUAUCAGCACUAACCCUGUUCAUGCUGUCGAUGUGGUGCUACGACACCUACCCUCCAUGAAGUAUACCCCUGUGGGCCGCUCCUUUUUCUCAGCUCCGGAAGGCUAUGAUCACCCCUUGGGUGGGGGUAGGGAGGUCUGGUUUGGAUUCCAUCAGUCUGUUCGGCCUGCCAUGUGGAAGAUGAUGCUCAAUAUUGAUGUUUCUGCCACUGCCUUCUAUAAAGCACAACCUGUAAUUCAGUUUAUGUGUGAAGUUCUUGACAUUCAUAAUAUCGAUGAACAACCAAGACCUCUGACUGAUUCUCAUCGGGUAAAAUUCACCAAAGAGAUAAAGGGUCUAAAGGUAGAAGUGACUCACUGUGGAACGAUGAGAAGGAAAUACCGCGUUUGUAAUGUAACAAGAAGGCCUGCAAGUCAUCAAACCUUUCCUUUACAGUUAGAAAAUGGCCAGACUGUGGAGAGAACAGUAGCACAGUAUUUCAGAGAGAAAUACAACCUCCAGCUGAAAUACCCUCAUCUUCCUUGCCUACAAGUGGGACAAGAACAGAAACACACCUACCUGCCUUUAGAAGUAUGUAACAUUGUAGCUGGCCAGCGGUGUAUCAAGAAGCUAACGGACAAUCAGACAUCAACUAUGAUAAAGGCCACAGCGAGAUCUGCUCCAGAUAGACAAGAGGAAAUAAGCAGAUUGGUGAGAAGUGCAAAUUAUGAUGCAGAUCCGUUUGUUCAAGAGUUCCAGUUCAAGGUCCGUGAUGAGAUGGCCCAUGUGACAGGGCGCGUGCUCCCAGCUCCAAUGUUGCAGUAUGGAGGACGGAAUCGAACAGUGGCAACCCCAAGUCAUGGAGUAUGGGACAUGCGAGGGAAGCAGUUUCACACUGGUGUUGAGAUCAAAAUGUGGGCUAUAGCUUGCUUUGCAACGCAAAGACAAUGCAGAGAAGAAAUACUGAAGGGUUUCACAGACCAGCUGCGCAAGAUCUCCAAAGAUGCAGGGAUGCCGAUCCAAGGCCAGCCCUGUUUCUGUAAAUACGCCCAGGGUGCAGACAGUGUGGAGCCCAUGUUUCGACACCUCAAGAACACCUAUUCAGGGCUUCAGCUCAUCAUUGUCAUCCUGCCAGGGAAAACACCGGUGUAUGCGGAGGUGAAGCGUGUGGGAGAUACACUGUUGGGAAUGGCCACACAGUGUGUUCAAGUCAAGAAUGUCAUUAAAACAUCUCCACAGACCCUAUCAAAUCUGUGCCUGAAGAUUAAUGUUAAACUAGGAGGAAUCAACAACAUCCUUGUACCUCAUCAACGACCUUCUGUGUUCCAGCAGCCAGUGAUCUUUUUGGGAGCUGAUGUCACUCACCCUCCUGCUGGAGAUGGAAAGAAGCCUUCAAUAGCUGCUGUUGUAGGUAGUAUGGAUGCUCAUCCAAGCCGGUACUGUGCCACGGUGAGAGUUCAGCGACCCCGGCAGGAAAUCAUCCAAGAUCUAGCCUCCAUGGUGAGAGAGCUUCUCAUCCAGUUCUACAAGUCAACACGGUUCAAGCCCACACGUAUCAUCUUCUACAGGGACGGGGUCUCUGAAGGACAGUUUCGACAGGUUUUGUAUUACGAACUGCUAGCCAUUAGAGAAGCCUGCAUCAGUUUGGAGAAAGAUUACCAGCCUGGAAUAACCUAUAUUGUGGUGCAGAAGCGACAUCAUACACGAUUGUUCUGUGCUGACAGAACAGAAAGGGUUGGACGAAGUGGCAAUAUUCCAGCUGGAACAACUGUGGAUACGGAUAUUACACAUCCAUAUGAGUUUGAUUUUUACCUCUGUAGCCAUGCUGGAAUACAGGGUACCAGCCGUCCCUCACACUAUCAUGUUUUGUGGGAUGAUAACUGUUUUACUGCAGAUGAACUUCAGCUGCUGACUUACCAGCUCUGCCACACAUAUGUGCGCUGUACACGAUCGGUUUCUAUACCUGCACCAGCGUAUUAUGCUCAUCUGGUAGCAUUCAGAGCACGAUACCAUCUUGUGGACAAAGAACAUGACAGUGCUGAAGGAAGCCAUGUUUCAGGACAAAGCAAUGGGAGAGAUCCACAGGCCCUCGCGAAGGCUGUACAAAUUCACCAAGACACCUUACGCACGAUGUACUUCGCUUAAGUCAAUAAAAUGGGAGCAUACUCACUGAAAGGAAGAACUGAAAAAUUAAGCCACAUACAAUGUAUGUUUUCAGUGGGGUUGGUUUAUGGGGUGUGCCUCCGAUCAUGCUGAAGUUGACACUGUGCAGGGGCGAGAGGCUAACCCUUAAAUUGACACAAGGAAGAUUGUUUACUUCAUCGAGGAACACAGCACUAUUAUGCAAUACGAAACCAGCCAACCGCUUUUUUGGCGCAGAAGCACCGCCAUCUUUUUUUUUUUUUUUUUUAAUUUCUCGUAGUUUAACCCUCUUAUGCCUUUACCUCAAGUUGCUCGGCAGCACAACUAUCUUUGCAAAAAAAAAAAAAGUUAAAAAAUUGAUGGUGUAAUUUCAAAAAAAAAAAAGCAAACCACCUUUAUAGGAACAAUCACAAUGAUUGUUUGGGGAGGGAAGUGUGCAAAAAAAAAAAAAAAAAAAAUUUAAGUUUUUUACCCCACUGCAUUGAGGAAUCUUUCUCUCAAUAUUGCCAUCAAGCAUUCAAAUGUGAACAUAUCCAAGUACAUUUGAAUGUACAGCACUAACUAGAAAAAAUUGAGGAAGGGGAAGAUGUUUUGCACACUAAUCCAAUAAUUUGAACAUAAUUUAGCCAACUGCUGCCUUUGUGUCUUUCUUCACAGCUUUGGAGUUCUCAGCUCCAAUAGUUCCCUUUUUAAAAGCAAAGAAGCUAGUGGUAUUACGUGCAGGCAGUAGUGAUCCAAACUCUUCUUGCUCCCUGGUGAAUUUACUAAAGCUGCUGUUUUACCUAGUCCAAAAGUUUCAAUUGUUUUCUAUCUGGCAAGUCAAAUAUGUUGAAGCUUCACAGGAGAUCAGAUGUCCCAAGUUUUAUGGGACUACAUAUAGUAAACACCAGAACUGAAACUUUAGAGCUAAGGUCUUUUUGGAAAAAAGAAAAAUGCUAGUUUACUUGCUGCCUCUCACACCUUAAUGUGAUUUCAUAUGUAUGUGUUUUUUGAAGUUUAGCUUCCUUUUGUUUCUUUUAUAUUUAUUAGAGUAAUAAUAAUGCUUUAAUUUAAUUAUUACAGAACAUAUGGUCAACAUCAACUUUUAUUUUUUAGAAAUGUAACCAUGUUUAUUUUUUAAAAACUGACAACUUGUUUUGCUAUCUUUUAGUGCAAUAAGCGUUCUAAAGAAAAACUGUGUCCAUUGAGCUGUACUAAAGCAGUGUUUGUACCACUAACUGUGGAAGAAUGGACACCUCCAUGAUUUUAAAAGGACAAAGUAAAAGCCUUAAUUUUGAAAGGAAAGUUUUAUAGUCAGAAGGAAUCUUGAAUUUUCCUUUUUUAAAUCAAAAAUAGCAAAAAUGCUUCUAGAAUUCUGCAAGCUUUACUUGUCACUGCAGUGUUUUGAUUUAACAAAGGAAUUGGCCAUAUUUUUGGCUUUGAAAUGUGGAGGAUAUUUGAAUUAAAUGGAAGGGGUUUUUUAUUAAGAUCUAAGUUUUUACAUGCUUAGUUAAAUCUAUUUGACAUCAGUAAAAUGUCUGGAAUUAAAAGUUUUUAGGCUUUUUUCCUCUUUGAUAAUGACUUUCCUUUUAAAAUUAAGUUAUUGGUAACUUCAUUUCACUUUGCAAAUAAAGAGGGCUGGGAUAGUUCUAACAUGUUAAAUCACUGAAAUGUGAAACAAAUUAAUGGGACUCUUUCAUUCCACUUUAAAGGUAAGACAAUAUUUAAGAUGUCAGAGACGAGCAUUUAUUCAAUGAGGGGACUGGGGAGUUUUGCACUUUGUAAACUCGUGAACUGCAUUUUUGACUGUUUUUAUUUGCACUGGUUCAUAGUAUAUAUACUGCAGAUCGUUUGUAUGGGCAUUGCUGUUAUCCCAGCCCUUCUGAACUCCACCUGCUCUCCACAUGAAAACCAGUGGGUUGAUACAAGUAGCUUAUCUCCUGUCAUUCUCAUGAAAUCCGCUGUUUGCCAAUAUACUGUAUUUUGAGCCUAAAAUCUGAGCCCGUUUUGCUUCAACAGACGUGAAUCUCCCCCAUUUUUUCUGCCAGAAAACAAAGUACUGUAUUUUGUGCAUUUGUAUAUUGUAUUGAAAUGUAUGUAGUGCUGUUCACAACACUGUCUCAAAGAGCUUUACUAAACCGUUAGUGUAUAUACAUAUUUUAUCUCCCAAUAUCAAGGAAGAUAAUGUAAAAAGACUAACUUUGCAAAGCUAAAAUUGCACUGGAAAUAGUCGUGACGGUGGGCAGUUGGCUAGUGGCUUGGGGGUCCCCGGAGAGGAGGUGGGAGGGUGAUCGAGGGAGACUCGGCAGACCCUGACGUGUCUGAGAGUCUCUGGGGUCCUGGGAGCCGCACGCCUUCGCCAGCUGCACCCGCAGAGCCGGGACUGGCCCAGCCACGCUCUUUGACUUCUUAAUGCACUUACCUUUCAGCGCCUUCAGAUAAACCUGCUGCAGGGAGGUCGGUGUAACAAAAUAAUUUGAGCAAGAUGGUUUCCGAAUAAGUCUCAAACGUUUUUCUUCGUCUGUGACCUGACAGUUUUCUCUGAGAAGCGUUCUAGCUAGCAGUUCUGUUUAUAAAAGGUUCAGGUUAGGCUUUUUACGGAAAAUUGUUUUAAAACAGAGAAUUUUUUUUAAAAAAACUAUUUUACAAAGACUUGUGGAUUUCUGGCAUUUCGAUGAAAAUUCCUUUUUAAAAAGUCUUUUAAUGUUCCUUUCAAAGACACUGUAUGCUUCUCAUCCUGCCUGCGCUCAGUGACUAUGAUUUGAGAAGCUUUUUUGCUUGCUACUUUCACAAAAAAAAAAAAAUUAAAAGAAACUUCAUUGGGAAAGUGACUUAAAUUACUUGUCGAGCUAGCAUUUUACCUGGUUUUCAUGUGAAGAGUAUUUGGACGUUUUAAUCUCUAUUCUUGGUUUUGCAAAUAUCUACGUAAAGUGCCGAUACUUACUUGUAUUACGAUAUCAAGUUACUGGCGUUGUGAGGGCCACACAUUUAUGAUGCUGUAGCUGCUAUAUUUAUUUAAAUGGAGAUGGACAAUUACUGCACUAAGGAAUGAGGAGAUAAGCAAGGAAUCAAGGUUAGUUAGAUAUCUUGUUUUUUUCAAAAGAGAAUUAAUGGUGUGAAAUAUCAAGUGUAACAAAGGGUGCUGUCAUUUUAACUGAGAUUAAAUAGCCAGAUAUUCCUCCUUUGUUUAAAAACAUAUAUAUUUUGAUGUUUGCAGUUUGGGGGUGGGGGGUCGGGAUAAAUGGUACCUCAUCUGUGGUGGCAGUUUCCAGUAUAUUUUCAGAGUAUAUGGAUUUCUUUUAUUUUUGUACCUGCUCUCCUUUAAAAAGAAAAAAAAAUCUCAAAUUUUAUGUGCUGUUUGGGGAAAUCUUGAGUGGCAUACCAGAUCCCCCUCUCUUGCUGGGAGCUGUCUGUAUAUAGUCCAAAGAAGGACAUGGGCAAAGGCUGACAGUUCUACUUUGCAGACAUACUGGCCUCGUUUUUAUGCCUAUCUAGAAAAACGGUUCCCGCCUCCUAAGACACUGUACCAGUUUGACUGCACCGAGACCUCACUUGUACUUAACAAGUGCCACUAAUUGCUUCCGUGGUGGGAGCACGCACAAGGGCCCCCGGGCUGGACUGGGGAAGGAGCAGCCUUAGGGUAUCGGCCAUACAGACCUGCAGCUGCAGCACUGGUGCUGUGCCAACAGCGGGAACCGCUCCCCGGGGCUGGCGGCAGUGCUUCUCGUAACUUUUUUCUAGCAGAAAGCCUUGCCGAAACCUGCGAUCUGGUGACUAGUAGAUCCAGAUUUGGAGAGAAGUAGAGCGUUUUGUAGUUGAGGCGUUCAACUCUCGCAACAUCUGCUAACAGAAUGACUGACUCCACUGUAAGUAGCUUUUUUCCGUUGUAGGGCACUUCAGCUGUGGCCAUUUUACUCAGGAUCGCUGUGUUACUGUUCAGUGUGUAAUCUGGUUAAACGCAUCCAAAAGUUAUUUUUAUAGGGUUCAUUCUGGCAUCCUUUUGGAAGUUUGUUUGGCCACAGAAAUGGUCUUCAGGAGUAAAAUGGGUUUCUGGAAGUUGUCAGUCAAAUUAUUUCAAGAUGCUAUUGGUCCUAAACUAUUUUCACUUCUUCAUGUACAGAUUUUUGUCCUAUAAAAUGCUCAACAUAAGAUACCAGAUAGUCAUCUUCUGUACAAAUUCCAGCUACGAAUACUAGUUUUCUACUAGUCUUGAAGUCCGCUCUGGUGAAAUUCCAAGCUCAGCCUAUACUUAAAAAUGCUUGAGGCCUUUUUUUAAUACUUUCUUCAUAUCUUGUCCUCUUUUGGUAUUUUCCCCGUUUUGUGAACUGAGGGUUUAGAACCUUACUCGAAGCACUUUUAUAACCAAGGAAUCAAAAGCUCAGAUUAUGGACAUUGAAACUAAAUUCAGUUUUUGGAGAUCGUUAUUUCUAAAUGGCCAUCUUAGUCUCUGGUCACGCCAGGCAGAUACUCUGUCCCUUUCAGUGCUGUGGAGUUUUGUGGCUGCUACUGGCAGGUUGAUUGCAUCUAGUGAAAAAAUCCGUAGGGAUGUCAAAGGGAAAGAUUGCUGUCUGUCUUUUCUACCCAAAGAUGGUACUUUAGAUUGAUACUGGGUGUUAGGAUAUCAUUUUUGUUUCGGCACAUGUUUAAAUAAAACCUCACUUUAGCCAGUUCACUCAUCGUUUUUUUGUAAACCUGAAAAGAUAAUGGUUAGAGCUUGAGCUAAUUGAUGCUUUCUGCUAGUAGAAGAUUUUGUACUUUCUGUAGUUGAGGUAUGAAUGAGAUGGGUACAGGAUGCUACAUUUUACCUCCCUAGCAGAGUCUCAAGAAUCCCGAUCCCUAUAACACUAAAACAAAACCAAAUUGUUGUCCCUGAGUAGGCAAAGGUGCAUAUGGAGGGGAAGAAAUUGCAAGGGAGAGGCUUGCGAAGGAAAAUACCGAAGCGUCAGUUUUACAGAAACAAGGGUGUUGAUGGAGAGACUCCAUCCACUUUCCAUCCCACGUGCCCUGGCCUUUUCAAAUCUUGUCUGAGGUACCCCCUCACCUAACACGGGUAGUUAACAUAGGGUCCUUUUAAAACAAAUCAGUUCCACUGUUUAAAACUUGGAGUGAUUUUAUUUUUUUUAAGCAAGACAGUCCUCAGAAAGUGCCUUUUUAGAAGAUGGUGCUGUAGAUUUUUAUUUUCCAGUUGUACAUGGCUGAAAAUUUAAGAUAAAUUAUUGAAAAUGCCAAGUGUUUGAUGGUAUCUUUCAGGUACUUUCAAGCAUCAGCUUCUCUGAGUCAGGACCAAGAAUAACCAGGAAGGUGUUUUCAUUCGGAGGGAGAGGCAUUGAGGAGCGAUCACCAAAUUCAGCUGGCAGGCUAGAAUCGGUUUUGAUUUAGUCAAUGCAAUUUACCUCUUCACAUUGAGGGGGUGGGGGGGGGGGGGGGGUGGGGGGUGUAGAAGCGACAGCAUGGGACUCUUGGGGCGAUGUAGUUAGUGCUGAAAGGGAAUCCAUAGCUAUUGAAGGAUGUUGUCUCUUAGAUGUAGCAGGCUCCCAAAGAUGAAGUAGACAAACUGAAAGCUGUCUGAAGACUUACGAGAUGGUCAGUCCUGCUGUGAGCAGACCUCACGUGGCUUAUGUGUUUAAAGGAGUGAUGUGCAUGUAUCAGUGGGACUUGUAAUUCCUAGCUGGGAGUUUUGAUACUCUGGAUGGAGAGCAGCUUGGUGGGGUGGGGGAUGCUGCCCCACUCAGAUGGUUGAAGAGGGUGUGGGUCCAUAGUGAGUUUGGUGAGCAUUCCUCCGGUCAGGAAAAGCUGUAGACUAGACUAUUAAACACUGCACCUCAGUAACCUUGUAAUGCUGCAUAAAGUAAUAAUAAUAGCAAAGUUCUGCUUUGAUUACACUGUAAUGUGCUUGCACAUGCCUGCAAAAAAUACACUUAACUUUCAUUUUUGUAAUGGUCUUAAUAGCAGUUAUCAGACUUUUUUCUUUUAUGACGAACCUUGUCCUUUAUUGUGGUGUUUCCAUAUAUUUAUUGGUAAUCUGUGUGCAGCUCAUAGGUCUGUGUGUCUGGUCCGUAUGUUGCUUUUGACGCUUAUUUUUAGGUGGGAGAAGUUUCUGAAUGUUCUGUUUUUCUUCUCCAAAGUCAGCUUAACUAGUCAUGUUUGAGAGGAGACUGAAUGAAACAGCUUGAUAGACAGACUACUUUAAUUGGUACCUUAUUUCUUUAAAAAUAAAAUUACUUUGUGUUCGUUUUAUUACUGUUCAUACUGUAUUGGGCAUUUAAGAUGUAGAAUAACUUGAUGUCAGUCAGGAUAUUUUUGAGUAUCAGGAGCUUAAGCGCAAAACUCCCACUUUAAUUGCAAGUGGUAUCUUUGCAGUAAUAUGUUCGUGUCCGGACUUUUUCUAGGAAUAAGCAGAGCUUUUUGACAUCUAUUAAUUUGGACACGAUCAACGAAAUAUUUAGGGUACACAGUCCCAGCGUGGGGCAGUGACCCUUGUUUGGAGUUGCCCACACCUCUUUGUUGAAAGGGAUGCUGUCAGAUGAAUGCGCAAUAUAGCACUCCCGCUUAUGCUACCCACAGAGACUAUGAAUCAAGUACCUUUUUGCUGUGUAGAUUUCUUCUGAUUCAACUUAGAGAAAUGAACUGAUGUUUCUUGUAGUUUGUUACCAACUUUCUUGUCUUAUUACAGCACCCAAUGCCACUUUGUUGGUAUUUAAGCUUGCAAUGAUGAUAAAUUAUUUUAUAUUCCAAAUUUCUUAAUGUUGUUAGGCUAGGAUUUAGAAAGCAUUUUUUCAGUCUAAAUUCUGAGCCAAAACUGUGUCUUCUAUCCCUUUUAGUAGUAGGCGUUUUUAUCUUUUAGACUAAAAUGGGCCAAAAAUCUUGCACCAUCAGCUUGUUUGCAGCAAUACUCUCCACCUCUUCCCUUGCCUAUCAACCAGUUUAUUUUCUAUCUACAUUUAGCUAAUUGAGAUUUAGAAGGAAGUUGCUGCCUCUUCUUUCUAUCAAAAGAAAUGAAAUGGACUUGCAUCUGACGAUGCAGGUUUCUGUUGGGCACAGAUCUCUUCCUAGAAGUCUUGCCUUGGUGAUGAUGAACUGUAGCACACAUGGGUUUAAUUACAGUAGAAAUGUUCUGUAUGUUUCUGUUGCAUUCAUUGGAGGGUGCAUGAUGUUUUAAAGUAUCCAAUUUAAAUACAAGCUAACAAACCGCUGAAGAUGUAGACACUAUUAAAAUACUUCAAAUUAAAAAAACAAAACAAACAAACAAACAAAAAACCAAACAACAAACAAUACCAAAAAAAACAACAACCUAGUGCACAUGGAUAGUUUUAAUUCAUCCUCCUUCCUGGCAAAGUUUGAGACUGAGGAUUUGCUGUAAUUCAUGCUACUCAUAGUAAAUCGUGCUGGGAUUAAUCCUAAAACUGAACUGACUCAGCUAUAUGUUUUAUGAAGAGGAGAAGUGGUAGUGGUGACUGUGCUAUUAAGCCAACAGAAAGCUCUAAAAAAUGCAAGGAGGAAACUUGUCUUCAUAUUGAAAAAAACUGAAUAUACUGAAAAAAACUCAUGCUGCUAGAGCCUUGUGAACCUGUAUAUUUGCAUCCACAGUUUACCCAAAAAGACCCCACAUGACUACUUCAAAAACUAACACGUGAGGGGAAAAGCUUUUUCCCGUAUUUUUUAAGAGUGCCUGUUCACCUCCUAAAAGGACUGUGCUGAGAAGCAGGUGGGUGGCAGUGCCUGUAACAGCUGUAUAGUUAAAUCAAACUGUGUUUUGUAUCUAAACGUUGAAGCUACCUUACUUGGUCGAAACAGAUAAAAGUUCCAGUAGAUCGGUGCUAUUAGAAACAACGGAGCCAAGGGGUUUUGUGAGCAAUAUCUGACCCCUCCAUAAAACAUAGAUGCUCUGAUAGAUUUCUGGUUGCAGUUUUCACGCAGUUCACACUGAAGUGUGCCUGGCUACCAAGAAAAACAGCAGCAGGCAGUUGUAGAGUUUAUUUUGCUGUAGCACUACAGUUGCUCUGCUCUUUCUCAGCUCUUACCUACCUCCCUGUUCCCUUACGCAGGAUCACUCUCCCUCCGCUGCCUAUAUAGAGUUAGCCGUGUUGAGGAUGCUGUAGCCGUGUGGAAGGUGAAUCAGCUGUGGAUGUGGGGGGCGGUGGUAGUGCGAUGGUGAUGAAAGCAACUGCCUGUAGAAAUAAAGGACUGGGUAGGAGUUGGGUGGAUGUCAGGUAAGCUGUGGUCAGCUCAAGCCCUUCAGGGAGAUUGAUGGGAACGUCAAACAUUGGCUUAGGUGUCCUGAACGGUUUGUGUCAGACUUGAACUCGCUGAGAGCAAGCAUGUGCCUUUUUCUGAUCAAGAACAGAGGUGGAAAAACUUGCGUUUGCAUUGGUAGGAUGGUUAGUAUUUUUCUUGAAUUGUUUUUAAAGCUUGAAGUCCUUGGUCAGAAUGGAGUUGGUUUUGCGUUGAAUUACUUAAUCGAAGUGAGCCCUGAAUUAUUUGUGAAUUAGAACUACCCAGAGAGGAGAAGCUUUUAAAAUAAGUGGUUUCUGGAAAGUAAUGUCAUCAAAUAAACAUAAUUCCUGGUAGACUUGCAAUUUUUAAAAUAAAAUUUAACCUUGAUAUGUUUCUCUAUCUAAUGAGAAUCAUUAAUUCUGCCUUUAUUUGAAUGUUGCCUGUCCAGUAAUAUCUUCACUCUUUACUGUGCUCCUACAGCUUUCCAUACACUCCACUGCUUCUUCCCCCCACCCCCGUUUGGUGGCUGUAAGGACAUGAAGAAUGUUGUCCAGUGAAUGUCAGGGAGCAGUGCAGAGGUCUGAUUAAGUGGGAACGUGGAGGUGAGGAUUAAACAUCACAGAUAAUUCUUAAAGAACCAGUUUGCCAGCAGCUGAGGGUAGUGAUGUCUGCGUAGAAAAUCGUACGGUCUCUUGGGUAUGGAAAGAGUUAGCAAAGUGGUACGAGGGGAGAAAAGAUCCCCCAUCCUCUGGUAUCGAGGUACUAGUAGAGGGAAGGCUGUUGUAGACUGUGUGCUGUGCAGAAGUAGGCACCUGUGUCCUUAGAUGCUACUUUGGGCUUAAAGCUGCUAAAAAGGCGGAUUUUCAGACCAAAAUGGAAGAGCUUUUCAAAUAGGUUAUAUUUUAUGCAGUUUUGAGAUAUUGAUGAGUUAUCCAGCCAGGAACUCUGGUAUCAACGCUGGCUCUGAAAUGGGUUCCCUCUCUGACCUCGGGUAAACGAUUCUGCCUCAUUUUUCACCCUAUCUAGAAAAUGUUCAUAAUGAUUCACAUCGCCUUACAAGAGCUAGCUAUUAGCUGUUCUGAGGAUGAACCAUGUUGUGGAAGUGCUAACUUCUUGAUACAAACCUGUGCACCUUCUUGCAAGUUUGCAUCUGCAAUUCAUACGGUUCUGUUUGGAGUCCGUCUCGGACGUGAGCCUGUGCUCUUUACUUCUCAUCGCAGCUCUGCCCGAGGAAGGCCAUUGGGAUUAGUCCCAUGAUGUUUACCUGUUGCUUUCUUUUAAGGUAAUCCAUUUGUUGUAAAACAGACUGUCAGAGGGCAAGUUUAUUUAAAUGAAAGGGGUUUUUUUCAUUGCAGAGAAUUAUAUAGGUCUUUCAAACACAAUUGGCAGUUGGAAAAUUAAUACCUACUGUAUCUAGCAACACAGAAAAAUAUGACUAUAUGUUGAGUUUAGGGCUAUGCUAGCCCAUAAAUCACAGGUCCACAACCCACUCAAGUACAGGUGUGCAAAAAUUAGCUAUUAAAAUAGUUACUAAUAAACUUUCAUUAUGCUUACACUUGCAAAUCUCUUGAAUAUAUUCAAAACCAGUUUCUUUGAUAGAAAAUCCAUGUCUUGCCGGUUAGUAUUCACUCAGACAUAAUAGCAAAGUAAUACCCGCUGGAGCAAUGCUAGAUUUAAAGGACCUUUUGAAGUUUUUGAACCUGAUGGUGUGCCAGCAAAGUGGAAACUUGAGUAGUGCUCUUUAACUGGUGAGGAAAAUUGAAUGCCAAAAAAACUCAGUGAGAGGAAGACUGCUAGAGAUGAAGUUUGUCUUCUGACUUCUGGCAACUUUGCAGUGAAGAAUGGCUUCUUUUGGGUACUCGGUUUUGUACAUCACUUUCCUCCUGUGGCUAUAGUUUUUAGUUUUCUUUGGACUUGGAUUUCCGUUCUUCAGCAAAAUGUUCUCAUUUCUGCAUUUUUCAGUGUUGAAUCUAGCCUUGAGACAACUUAAUGUUAUUUUCCUGUAGGAAAAACCUGCUUCUAGAACGUUGCAUUUUGUGUCUGUUUUGCAGGCAGUUUUGAAAAGCUAACCUCAGCACAGCAAUAGAGUUGGCAGAACGAGGUUUUGAUCUCAAAUGUUGAUUUUUACAGGCUCGUUGCCCAGCCCCUACUGCCAUGACCAGCGACACUGGUGUACAGAUCCUGCGUUUCACAGGUUAGGUGACGCACUUUGGGCUCACAGGGUACAGAUCCUCCUGUCUGUUAUGUUCUUGUUUCUUCCCUUGGUCUAAGCAGUUAAGCUUCCCCAGGUCACCUAUUGGUGGAUAAAUAGUGUUGUUGCUUGUCGUGGGGAAAAACUAGGCUGUUUACGUGGCCUGGAGGUGUCUGAUCAUAGAUAAGAACAUUGUCUAUCAGCCGGUUAUUACUUUAAAGCUUUUACGGUAAUUGGUAGCAUUUGGUUAUGAGCCAAUAUGGAUAUUAAAGUAUCUUCAGGAGAAGGUGGCUCAGGUGGCAUAGCAUGUGCCAUAAACAUUGCUAGUGAUCCGAGCUGUAUUUGUUUAGGAGACCGCUGGAAGCAAUGUCGUGCAUAUAAAUUUUGCGUAUUUAAUACCGUAUGUUUAAAUUUAAAAAAAAAAAAAUUGUGCUGUUUGGGAUUUCUUUUCAGAAUAAAAUUCUAAUAAACCAGUCCGGUGGAUUGAGAUUCCCUUCCAUGUGUAUGUCUUGCUCUUUCUCUUAUGCUGGUAACUGCUCCCCUCUCAUUUUGGUGUUACCAUUGCUUGAGCAGGAACUUGAAUGUGUUCCCACCGUGAAGGUACUGGGGGUUUUCAAAGCAAAAGGGAAUUGUUUCAAGAAUAAAGUAGAGCUGUGACUUGAGACGUUGCACAAAUAGAUUGUAGAUGGAUGGCAAACAAACUGGUAAAAGCCUUUAUUUUUACUUAACCAUCUUGACCAUGUGUGCCUAUUUGUAUUGCGGAUGUGGGCUGCAACCAUGUGGGGUGGGAGGGAAACCAUGUGUCGGUGUGUUUUGAGAUGUACUUGCUAAGCAGAAGCGGUGUCUCUGCCCGUUCUCCCUUUCCAGACAAAUUGUUCUUGCCAAAAUUUUCUACCUGUUGCAAGAGUUGCUUUCUUUCCAGCACAGUAAAAUGUCAACUUCUUUCACUGUUCCUUCCCUCUCGUAGGCAUCUGUAACCUCUGUACGACUGUGUAUAGUACACACAACAGUCAUCAGAUCUCUACUGGCUUUAGAUACCAUCAAGCUGGAUGUAUUGUAAACGAACCGUAUUCAUUUGAAAAAUAAAUUUUUUUGAAAUGCA